AUUUUUCUUUUUGUUAGCAUCAAUCAGUCAAUAAUAAUAAAAAAAAAGAAAAGAGUUUCAAUAAAGCCCUAGGACGCAAAUCUCGUUGGUGUGUAUGUCACUGCUCUUCCUCAGGAGAGCCAAGCCGUUAUUUCUAUCUCGCUAUCUCUCCACCUUCUCCUCUCCCUCGCCUACCAAUCUACUACGUCGCUCCUUUCACGGUUCCGCAACAAUGUCCGAAGCAGAGAAGAAGAUCCUCACUGAAGAGGAGCUUGAGCGGAAGAAGAAGAAAGACGACAAGGCUAAAGAAAAGGAGUUGAAGAAGCUAAAGGCUUUGGAGAAAGCGAAGCUUGCAGAACUAAAGGCGAAACAGGCGAAAGAUGGAACCAGUGCCCCUAAAAAGAGCGCAAAGAAGAGUUCCAAACGAGACGCGUCAGAUGAGAAUCCUGCGGAUUUUGUGGACCCUGAAACUCCUCUUGGUGAUAAGAAAAGGCUCUCCUCACAGAUGGCUAAGCAAUACAGUCCUGCUGCCGUUGAGAAAUCAUGGUAUGCUUGGUGGGAGAAAUCUGACCUUUUUAAGGCGGAUGCUAAGAGUUCCAAGCCUCCCUUUGUUAUUGUUCUUCCUCCUCCAAAUGUGACUGGAGCCUUGCAUAUUGGCCAUGCCCUAACAUCUGCCAUUGAGGAUACGAUUAUUCGUUGGAAGAGAAUGUCUGGGUAUAAUGCUUUGUGGGUGCCCGGGAUGGACCAUGCUGGUAUAGCUACACAGGUUGUGGUUGAAAAGAAGCUCAUGCGUGAAAGAGGAUUGACUAGGCAUGACGUUGGCCGGGAAGAAUUCGUAAAUGAAGUAUGGAAGUGGAAGAACCAACAUGGUGGCACGAUUCUGACACAGCUUCGGCGUCUAGGAGCUUCUCUUGAUUGGUCUCGUGAGUGUUUUACAAUGGACGAACCAAGAUCAAAAGCUGUUACUGAGGGCUUUGUACGGUUAUACAAGGAAGGGCUUAUCUAUAGGGACAUUCGGCUUGUUAAUUGGGAUUGUGUUUUGAGAACAGCCGUAUCUGACGUUGAGGUGGAGCAUAUCGAUAUUAAAGAAAAAACGCUACUAAAUGUUCCUGGCUAUGACAAGCCAGUAGAAUUUGGUCUUCUUACGUCAUUUGCUUACCCUCUGGAGGGAGGCUUGGGAGAGGUUGUUGUUGCCACUACAAGGGUGGAAACAAUGCUUGGGGAUACUGCCAUUGCUAUUCAUCCUGAUGAUGCAAGAUACAAGCAUCUUCAUGGGAAAUUUGCUGUGCACCCAUUUAAUGGACGGAAAAUACCAAUCAUCUGUGAUGGAAUACUUGUUGAUCCAAACUUUGGUACUGGCUGUGUUAAGAUUACUCCUGCCCAUGACCCCAAUGAUUGUGAGGUCGGAAAGCGUCACGAUCUUGAAUUUAUAAACAUAUUAACUGAUGAUGGAAAAAUCAACACAAAUGGCGGGUCUGACUUCACAGGGAUGCCACGCUUCGCAGCCCGUGAGGCAGUUCUUGAAGCUCUGAACAAGAAGGGGCUUUACAGAGGGGCCCAAAACAAUGAAAUGAGGCUUGGACUUUGCCAAAGAACCGGUGACGUUAUUGAGCCUAUGAUUAAACCUCAAUGGUACGUCAAUUGCAGCGUGAUUGGAAAGGAGGCUCUCGAUGUUGCUAUCAAUGAUGAGAACAAGAAGCUCGAGUUUGUACCAAAGCAGUACACUGCAGAAUGGAGAAGAUGGCUAGAGAACAUACGUGACUGGUGUAUUUCAAGACAGCUUUGGUGGGGCCACCGGAUUCCAGCAUGGUACGCCGCUCUAGAGGAAGAUGAGCGCAAGGAGGUUGGUGCGUACAACGACCAUUGGGUUGUUGCUAGAACCGAGGAAGAAGCUCGUAAAGAGGCUGCUGAUAAAUUUUCUGGGAAAAAGUUUGAACUGACGCAAGAUCAGGAUGUACUUGAUACGUGGUUUUCUUCUGGGCUCUUUCCAUUAUCUGUUCUGGGAUGGCCCGAUGAAACUGAAGACUUCAAAGCUUUCUAUCCAACAUCUGUCCUAGAAACUGGACACGAUAUUCUCUUUUUUUGGGUUGCUCGUAUGGUUAUGAUGGGAAUGAAACUAGGUGGUGAUGUUCCAUUCAGUAAGGUUUAUUUCCAUCCUAUGAUACGUGAUGCACAUGGGCGUAAGAUGUCAAAAUCUCUUGGAAAUGUCAUUGAUCCGCUUGAAGUAAUAAACGGGGUAACUCUUGAUGCUCUUCAUAAGAGAUUAGAAGAGGGCAACUUGGAUCCAAAAGAGCUGGUUGUUGCCAAAGAAGGACAAGUGAAGGACUUUCCGAAUGGUAUUUCUGAAUGUGGUGCUGACGCUCUUCGCUUUGCACUCGUCUCUUACACUGCUCAGUCUGACAAAAUAAACUUGGACAUCCUCCGAGUGGUUGGUUACCGCCAAUGGUGUAAUAAGCUGUGGAACGCCGUUAGAUUUGCGAUGAUGAGGCUUGGCGAUGAUUAUUCGCCUCCACUGACUCUAAGCCCUGAAACGAUGCCAUUCAGCUGCCAGUGGAUUCUCUCUGUGCUAAACAAGGCAAUAGCAAAGACAGUGGAGUCACUGAAUGCAUUUGAGUUCUCGGAUGCAGCCAACACAGUAUACGCAUGGUGGCAAUAUCAGUUCUGCGAUGUGUACAUCGAAGCUAUCAAGCCUUAUUUUGCUGGUGACAACCCCGCGUUUGCUUCAGAGAGGGCUCAGGCACAACAUGCUCUCUGGGUAUCUCUGGAGACUGGUUUGAGACUGCUUCACCCUCUUAUGCCCUUUGUUACUGAAGAGCUAUGGCAACGGCUGCCUUCACCCAAAAACACUGAAAGGAAGGCUUCUAUUAUGAUAUGUGACUACCCAUCUGCAAUAGAGAAUUGGACAAAUGAAAAAGUGGAGACCGAAAUGGAAACCGUUCUAGCGAGCGUGAAGUGCCUGAGGGCACUUCGGGCUGGGUUGCUGGAGAAACAGAAGAAUGAAAGGUUACCUGCUUUUGCUCUGUGUGAAAACAACGUAACAUCUGAGAUUGUUAAAUCUCACGAGUUGGAGAUCAGAACCCUUGCAAAUCUAUCGUCCUUAGAGGUUCUGUUAAAGGGAGAACACGCAGCCCCACCUGGAUCUGCAGUUGAGGCCGUGAACGAGAACCUCAAGGUAUAUCUCAAAGUUAACAGAGCCAUUAACACAGAAGCUGAGCAAGAAAAGAUCAGAAACAAGAUUGACGAACUACAAAAACAAAAGGAGAAGUUGCAGAAGGUGAUGAGCGCGUCUGGGUACGAAGAGAAGGUCCCAGCAAACAUAAAAGAAGACAACGCGACAAAGCUUGCUAAGAUUCUCCAAGAAUUCGAUUUCUUUGAGAAGGAAAGUGCUCGUCUCGUUGCAGAGACAGGAAAUGAGCAAUAGUGAAAGACAAAAGUCACAGUUUCUGUCCUGCAUUGGACGAAAGCAUAUUGAAACAUUUCAGGUUUGAGAAACAAAGUUUGAUGUUAUUGUGAACCGGUUUUUGAUUAUCACAAAACGUUGUUUAGUUGUGGACAGAUCAGUCAAGAGACCAUUUGUUUUGGUAA